GGACUAUAAAGCCGGUUUUCGCCUCAGUAGGCCUACGGCUAUCUGACUCGUGUGAUAUCGGGUCAGUGCGGCGCAAAGGCGAGGCGCAAACACAUGCGCGAUUCGCCAGUACUGUUCAAGUGGUCGCUGUGAUCGCAGCAAAAAGCAGUGCGCCGCCUCUCGGCUUCCUCUACUGAUCCCAGCAAACUUCAUAAGCCCAAGAUGAUGCGUACAAGAGACAAGGGCUACCCAGUCGGACGAGGCGCUCUUCUCAUCAUCAAUCAAGGGACAUUCACAAGCCCGGACCUCAAAUGCCGGGAGCCUGGUACAAGCAAGGAUCGAGACAGUCUUGAACUUGUAUUUCGGUCGUUGGGCUAUGGAGUACACAUAGCAAACGACUGCAAUAAGGAUGCCUUCGAAGGGCACCUGGAGAAUGCUGUAGAUUUGAUUGGUGACGGUGUGGGCCCCUUUGUCCUGGCGUUUUUGAGUCAUGGAGAUUCUGGAGACCUCUUAUACUUCGCUGAUGGUACACACAUGUCCAGGUUCGAGAUCAGACGGACGCUGCAACGCCACAGGACGCUACAUGGAAGGCCUAAAAUAAUCAUAGUUCAGGCAUGCCGGGGGCCGGAACACCUUGUUGUAUUGAAAGAUGGUAGUACAGAAAUAAGGAUAGAGGGCGAAGAUUUUUCCCCUGACAGUGUUAUUGCAGAUCCCAUGGCCGAUACUAUAAUUAUGUGGUCGUGUAUGGAGGAAAGAGUUGCGUAUCGUCAUCCUGACAUUGGCUCUAUGUUCAUCACCUUGACCUGUGAUGAAAUAUUAAAAAACAUGUCCCUUGCGAAAAGAACGCCACCUAGUGGGGAAAAACAUAUCCCUGAUUUGAGCAUGAGUGUACAUAAAAACAUGGAAAGAUAUGGGACAAAGUGCCAUGGAUUCCGUAUGCUGACGAGCCCCGAGAACAUAUCUUCUCUCAAAAAACCACUGUUCCUCGGCCCGCCCGUCGAUGAAGAUAAGUUCCGCAGAGCAGUGGGGAGAAUAAACCAGCUAAGGCUAAAGCUGUCUCGUGCUACUGGUCAAGUCGUUUCCAACCUGCAGGCGGACGAUGCCCAAAAAGGUAAGUGUAGGGAACAGAGUUAGGCUCGACAACGCUUUGACGACUUGGCCUUAUUGCUGAGGAGGCUAAGGAAUCGAGUGGAAUUUAGCAGUUAAAUCGUACCGCAAGUAGGAGUGGAGCUGGAGCGCGCCGCGUUACGGCUCCGGAGGGAGUAGGCAACCCCCACACCACUGCAUGCGGUACAGCAUUACUACUAAAUCCCACGAGGUUGUCCAGCGGCCUGUCGAGGUGCUCCAUAUGUCUCUGUGCGCUCUCCCGCCCGGUACACCACUUGUCUCUGUGCGCUCUCCCGCCCGGUACACCACUUGUCUCUGUGCGCUCUCCCAG